CAGACUCUCCGUCGGUGGAUGUAUCCACCCUAAGAUAUUACCCGGAUCGGUACUUUUGACGUAACACACCUGGAGGGAAAGAGGUACGUAUCUCCUCUCGCAUUUUUCUGAUUGGCCCAGGCGCACCUGCCAAGACGCACUCACCUCUUCACCGGCGCUUCACCCACGCCUGCCGUGCAUUUAUCCCUCCCACGGCGACCCACACAAGAAACAUCAACCCUUAAAAAAUUCUGGCCGCGUCCGACCAUCUGGUCUCUCUCCCAUUUCCUCUUCACACCUCUCGUAUUCCAUCAAUCUCAAGCUCGUUGUGUCACACGUCGACCAAAACCCAACUCUCCCAAUCUUUUCUAGGAUACAAUGGCCACCACAGCGGAGAAAGUCACCGACGCUGCUGUCAACGACGUUACCAAUGCUCUGAGCAAUGCCUCUAUCACUGGCAAGGACGAGAACAAGGAUGCCGUCCAUGCCAGUGCCGCCGAGGGCCGCCGACUGUACAUCGGCAACCUCGCAUAUGCGACAACUGAGGGGGAGUUGAAAGAAUUCUUCAAGGCCUACCUUGUGGAGUCCGUCUCCAUUCCUAAGAACCCUCGCACCGACCGCCCCGUUGGCUACGCCUUCGUUGACCUCUCCACCCCGAACGAGGCCGAGCGUGCCAUCGCUGAACUUUCCGGCAAGGAGAUUCUCGACCGCAAGGUGUCCGUCCAGCUUGCUCGCACUCCUCAGCCCGCUGGCGAGAGGGGGGAGGGGGUUGCCAACGGCGAGAUUGGCGCUGAUGGUUCUCGGCGCCGAGCCCCUGGCCGUGGCCGCGGUCGUGGCCGUGGUCGCGCCGGCCGCGCUGGUCGUGGCGGACGACCUGAGGGCGGAAAGGACGAGGAUACUCUUGACUCGGCUGCAAAUGCAACUACCGCUCCCGAUUCCGAGGUUCUGCCUCUGACCGACAUCACUAAUAAGGCCGAUGUUGACAAGACUGACAAGAGUGCGAAGAAGGGCCCUCCCCGUGAACGCCGUGAGCGUGGUCCACCCGCCGAUGGUAUCCCUUCCAAGAACAAGGUCAUGGUCGCGAACCUUCCUUAUGACCUCACCGAAGAGAAGCUCAAGGAACUCUUCGAGGAUUACCAGCCCUCUUCUGCCAAGAUUGCCCUUCGACCAAUUCCUCGAUUUAUGAUCAAGAAGCUCCAGGCUCGAGGUGAGCCUCGCAAGGGCCGAGGCUUCGGCUUCGUCACCCUUGCCUCUGAGGAGUUGCAGCAGAAAGCCGUUUCCGAGAUGAAUGGCAAGGAGAUCGAGGGCCGAGAGAUAGCUGUGAAGGUCGCUAUUGACAGUCCUGACAAGACGGACGAGGAAGCCAACAUUCACGAAACUGAGACCAAUGGCCAGGAGGCUACCCUGACCACGCUGGACGCUCCUGCGGCUGCGCCGGCCCCCGCUGCUGCGCCAGUUGCGUCGGAUACUGCUGCGGCUGCGGCUGCUGCCUCGACGGCCCCGGCUGCCUCGGCCGCUCCGGCUACCGCCUAGGUCUAUUCCAACCAUCCUCGACCGUACGAACUUUGUCUGCGAUGAGAACCGGGUCCGAACGAUCAUUGCUACCCAGUGAAACAUUAAUACUUGCGCGUCGGUCGAGAUUUUGACGAUGAAUGAGAUGUACGUUGUUCAUCAGGGAUGGCCGGUUUCUUGAUUUUACUGCAAUGAUACGAAAGCCCCCCAAGGC